AUGCUGCAGGCGCCUGCGGUCUACAAAUACGACCCUCUCCCCGGAAUCAACUACAUCCAACGUGUCAAACUAUACCCUGGGACCUUCGAAGAAGCAAUUGUCAUUAGCCUAGACGUUGUGCCCUUCUCGGAGGACCAGCGUCCCGAGUAUGAGGCUCUCUCAUAUGUUUGGGGCUCGCCCGAGCAACCAGAGAUCAUCUGGGUCGACGAGAUGAAUGGGCUGACCAUCUCGACCGGACCUUAA